GGUGGGAUGAGCGCGGAGCAGCUGGCGAAGCAGCCUGGGGGCGGCGGCUGCCAUGGACGGACCAGGCGAGACACGGCGGACGGGAGCAGAGGAAGGAGCUGAGAUGCCUGGUGUUUUCCUGAUAUGUUUUGAAUGCUGAGUUUGCCUUUCUAACAAUGAACAGUUCAAAACCAUCAGCGUUGCUUGGAACUGGUGUAUUCUCCAAUACUACCUGUCCCACGGAAAAGAAGAUCUCUGUGUUUUUUUCCGUCAUCUUCAUGACAGUGGGGAUUUUAUCCAACAGCCUUGCAAUAGCAAUUCUCAUGAAGGCGUACCAGAGGUUCAGACAGAAAUCAAAAGCAUCUUUUUUGCUUUUUGCUAGUGGCUUGGUUAUUACAGACCUGUUGGGCCACCUCAUCAACGGAACCAUUGCUGUAUUUGUAUAUGCCUCUGACAAAGACUGGAUUCGAUUUAACCAGUCAAAUGUUCUCUGCAGCAUUUUUGGCAUCUGCAUGGUGUUCUUUGGCCUAUGUCCCCUUUUUCUGGGCAGUGUGAUGGCUGUUGAACGCUGCAUUGGAGUCACCAAGCCGAUAUUUCAUUCAACAAAAAUGACUUCUAAACAUGUAAAGAUUAUGUUGACUAUGGUAUGGCUCUUUGCCAUUUUCAUAGCUUUACUGCCUAUACUUGAGCUAAGACCCUAUCAAAUCCAGGCAUCAAGGACCUGGUGUUUCUAUAAAACUGAGCACAUUGAAGACUGGGAAGACAGAUUUUACCUCUUACUUUUUUCAUGCUUGGGUUUACUGGCCCUUGGUAUUUCAUUUUUGUGCAAUGCUGUCACGGGGAUUACACUUCUAAGAGUCAAAUUUAAAAGUCAACAUAGACAAGGCAGAUCUCACCAUUUUGAAAUGAUCAUUCAGCUCUUGGCUAUAAUGUGUGUCUCUUGCAUUUGCUGGAGUCCAUUCCUGGUGACCAUGGCCAAUAUUGGAAUAAAUGAAAAUCAUUCCCAGGAAUCCUGUGCAACAAUCCUAUUCGCUCUCCGAAUGGCAACGUGGAAUCAAAUUUUAGAUCCAUGGGUAUACAUUCUCCUGAGAAAAGCUGUUCUUAAAAAACUCUACAAGAUUGCCAGGAGAUUUUGUGGUGUGCAUUUUAUUAACUUGCAUACAUGGGAACUUAGCUCCAUUAAAAAUUCUUUGAAAGUUGCUGCAGUUUCUGAUUCACCAAGCAGUUCCAAGAAAACGAACCAGCAGCUACUCAGUUCAGCAGUGCAAUAAAAUGAAGCAUGGAGAACGAUGAACUUAAUGGGUAAUGGUAGUUAAGCUGCUCAAAAAUUGGUACAGUGUGACUGGGCUGGGUUUUUUUUUGCCACUUCAAAACAGGAGAGCUGGCCCAUUUCUGGAAAUGUAACAAUAUGGAGCUGCUUGUUACCUUCCAAAGACUGCUAUUUAUGUGACUGGCCCAUCAAACCUGGGGCUGAAGACUUGUGACUCUGUAUAACAUAACAGAAAAGCAUAUGUGUUCUGUUAAAAACAGAACAUUAAGCAUAAAAGAUGAUGCUGGUAGCUUUGGAAAUACUUUUGAAUAAAAGAAUAUUGUUCAAUGUUCUUAGGAAAAAGAAAAGAAGCAAACAAACACCUUACUGUUGAAAGUGGCAAUGAAUUUGUUUGUUAAGUGUAACUUUGAAGAUGCACCUUGCAUUGCAAGUAUAACUGUUCCACAUUUUCUUGAAAAUGUAGCACUCAAAUCUGAAAAGCAUGCAUUGUGGCAGGUCAGUUUCUUGGUGAAGGGACUCAAGACCUUGCAAGCUGAACUUCUCACAACUUAAAAAAAAGAAGUCCACAGAUAAAUGCAUUUACAUAGUAAAAAGGAAAACAAAAAACCACUUGUGACAUAUGUGCCAAAUGUUAAUUUUGAUCAUUCAAACUGAGGUCAGAAUCAAGUAUGUAGCAAUAUUCAGGUGUGGUUGUUUUUGUUUUUUAUAAAAACAGAAACAAAAAGUGGUUGAUACAAAUGUGAGAAUUGCAACACACUUGGGUUGAGCUAAAAUAAUAAUUGUAGCACAGAAUUAUGUAGAUUGAAUUUAAAAGAAAAUAGUGGUGCAGAGCAUACUGAGCUUGGCAAAUCCUUUGAUUAGCCAAUGUUUCAGCAAGAGGAUGGAAGAGAAACUAGAUAGGAUGAAGGGAGUGUGGUUUCCAUUUCAUAAGCAAAGGAUUUUACAGAGACUCGGGAAAGCUUUUAUUAAGAAUGUAAUAACCUGUCUGCUUAAUAAUCAGCCUUAAAUCUCUGAGAUCUAGUAUCAUAUUCUUUAAGAUACCAGGCCCACACAGUACUGCAUAACUAUUUCAAGCCCCAUAGCAUUCCUAGGAUCUCAGGCAACUAAGUGCCUAGGAUUUUCCCCGCCUUGUAUAUGCUUUCACAGGUUUGUUUGUUUUUUAAUGGAAAAAGAGUAGUGAUGGGUAAAGCAGAGAUGUUAAAUCUGUUCCCACCAUUUGUCUGCAAGCAAAAGUAAUUUCUGAGUAGAAUACUCAGAAACAUUUGUGGGUAUUCUUACAGAAGUCACAAGCCAGGCCUGUCAUAGCUUCUCUCUCUCUCUCUCUCUCUCUCUCUCUCUCUCUCUCUCUCUCUCUCUCUCUCUCUCUCUCUCGUAAAAAACAAAACAAAAAGAAAAUAUGCCUGAAAUAGUACCACUUGAUGCUACUGCUGCUAUCACUAUUACUCCUCUCGCUCUUGAACCUUGCACAGUGCUGUACAGAAAUAGCAUCCUGCAAAAGGCUUAUAGACUACACUAGACAAACGAAACAAGAGUUUUGCAGAGCUUAGGGCCAAACAAUUUAAGACUUGUAAUAUCAAAUGGAACUCACCGACCAUUUAUUGUGUCCUUGUCAGGUGACUUCCUGUUUUUGUAUCCAAACAGGCAGCAUAAUUGAUUGAUCAGGAGCUUUAAUCAUCUUUAUCGCUGAAUGCUGGUGGCUGGUGGGUUGUAUUUGCUCUGGUUAGACACCUGCCUUGGUGGCUCCUACAAGUUGUGCAGGCUUAGUAAAGAUGGAUUGACAGGGUUAAUAGCAAGGUGGAGAAAAUAGCAUUUUGUAAAAAAAACACCAACCCAUUGAAUUGUCAUAUGAAGGGGUCAUUAGCACUUCUUUCACAAGCCCUGGGACACACUAGGCUUUAUUUUUUUUUUGAUAGAUUACAAUAGGGCCUUAAUGCCAAAUCAAUGCUAUCACUCUCUGUGGUGCCACUGAAAUAACUCGGUGAGUCAAAUUUAAAAUUGGACAUUUUAUUGUACAGGUCACGAUGUCGGUAUUUAAUAACUUCCUUCAGUUUUUCAUCCUUCUGGGCAAGAAGUUUGCUUCAAUGACAGCAGACUGAUGUUCAACCAUACAUUUGUGAAAAUGCUUGACUAGCAAAAAAAAAAA